CUAUGGUUCUUGGCAAUGCAUGGUCUCCAAUCAGUGAAUUUUAUGUGCUAGACUUUAAUGUUCAAUAAUUAAAACUUCUCCAUUUAUGUCUUGUUAAUUUUGCUUCUCCUUUCCCUGAUUCUUUUCCUCCUCGUUAUUUUGGCUCAUUCUCCUGAUGAUUUUCAUUAUCACCCUCCUUAUUUUCUUUCUUUUUCUUCUCCCAUUUAUCAUUGUUUUUGCUUCUCCUAGUGCUGGCCUCAUUAUUCUUUUUGUGGUUGGUGCUAUUGUUAUUCUAAUUGUAAUUUGUGUGGGAACGUAUAGAUAUCAAAAAUAUAUUGCAAAGAAAGAGGAUGAAGAAAAGGUUGAUGUAAAGAAGGCUGAGGCAUCUGAGGAUGACGACUCUCAGCUUAUUCCCCUAGCCAUGGUCCAAUUCCUCGAUGACAUGGAAAGGGAAAAGCCCAUCCGAUUCACGUCUCGGACACUAAGAAUAGCCACAGACAAUUUCAGUAUCUUAUUAGGUUCAGGCGGCUUUGGAAAAGUUUACAAGGGACUCAUCAGCAACAACAAGUCUGUAGCCGUGAAAGUAUUAAAUGGGACCUCUAGCAAGCGGAUAAAGGAGCAAUUCAUGGCCGAAGUAAGUACUAUAGGAAGAACCCAUCACUUUAAUCUUGUUAGGCUUUAUGGGUUUUGCUUUGAAUCCAAUUUAAUAGCUCUUGUAUAUGAGUUCAUGGCCAAUGGAUCAUUAGAUAAUCACUUGUUUAAAGCAAGCAAAAGCAAAGGGGAUUUGAUAGGGUUUGACAAGCUUCACGAGAUUGCAAUGGGAACCGCAAGAGCCAUCAGAUACUUACAUGAAGAAUGCGCUCAAAGAAUAGUUCACUAUGAUAUUAAACUAGGGAACAUACUUUUGGAUUCAAAUUUUUGUGCAAAGGUGGCCGAUUUCGGUUUAGCUAAACUUUGAAACAGGGAAAACACCCAUAUAACCAUGACAGGGGGACGAGGUACCCCAGGCUACGCAGCUCCUGAGCUCUGGUUGCCUCUUCCCGAUACACAAAUGUGAUGUUUAUAGUUUCGGAAUGUUACUUUUUGAGAUCAUUGGCCGGAGGAGGAGGAAUACUGACAUUAAUAACUCUAGUGAUAUCCGACAGUGGUUCCCGGUAUGGGCUUGGGACAAGUACGAAACAAACCAAAUGAGAGAUUUGAUGAUAGCUUGUGAGAUUGAAGAGAAGGAUCAUGAGGUUGUGGAGAGAUUGCUAAAGGUGGCUCUUUGUUGUGUUCAGUAUAGGGCCGAGACUAGGCCAAUGAUGAGCACAGUUGUUAAAAUGUUGGAAGGUGUCAUAGAGGUACCUAAGCCUUUAAAUCCUUUUACACAUUUGUUUUCAAGGAGUAGUAAUCAACCUAAUUUAUCUUUUACUCGAAUGCCGUGGAAUUUCUAUGGUUCAAAUUGGUCUUCAUCUCUCUGAAGUUGUAACAAGAUAUGCUCUAGUCACAUGGUUAGUUGUAUCAAGUGUUACAUUGCAUAUUUUCUUUUUAGAGUCAAACUACUUCUCUCUUCGUUUGAAUCCAUAAUAUUUUAUUUCGGAUGAUAUAGUUUCAAUGAAAUUAGCUCUUUGCAUAGUAGUA